UGCGUCCCGGGGGGCCACUUUCCGGGCACCCGGCUCCUCUCGCCCGGGAGGAGAUAAUCCUCUGCGCCCUCCGGGUAUCUCCGGUCCAUACCUUUCUCAACAACAUGGAAGAAUUUUUGCAGCGCGCCAAGUCUAAAUUGAAUCGAAGCAAACGCUUGGAGAAGGUCCAUGUGGUUAUUGGACAUAAGUCCUGUGAUUUGGAUUCUCUCAUUUCUGCCUUCACAUAUGCUUACUUUCUAGACAAGGUCAGCCCUCCAGGGGUUCUCUGCUUGCCGGUGCUGAACAUACCGAGGACUGAAUUCAGUUACUUCACCGAAACAAGGUUUAUUUUAGAAGAGCUAAAUAUCUCUGAGUCAUUCCACAUAUUCCGAGAUGAAAUCAAUCUGCAUCAGCUAAAUGAUGAAGGGAAGUUAUCUCUAACACUUGUUGGCAGCAACGUACUGGCAAGUGAGGACAAAACUUUAGAAUCAGCAGUCGUCAAGGUUAUUAAUCCGGUGGAGCAGGGCGACGCCGGCUUUGAGUUCCGAGAGCCCUCGUCGUCUCUGGUGGCGAAAGAGAUCCUCCAGGAGGCUCCCGAGGUCAUCACCGAGCAGCUGGCUCAUCUGCUCAGAGGUAGCAUCCUUUUUAAGUGGAUGGCCAUGGAGCCCAAGAAGAUCUCAGAAAAGCAGGAGGAAAUUCUUUCUAUCCUGGAAGAAAAAUUCCCCAGCUUACCUCCAAGAGAGGACAUCACCAGUAUCCUGCAGGAGACCCAGUCCAGUGCUCAGGGUUUAGGUAUUGAACAGACAAUGCUGAAGAAUCUAAAGGAGCUUUCAGAUGGAGAAAUAAAAGUGGCCAUUAGCACUGUGAACAUGACCCUGGAGAACUGUACAUUUCACAGCAGUAUCACCAGUGAUUUGAAAGCGUUCACAGACAAGUUCGGUUUUGAUGUCCUCAUCCUCCUGGCCAGUUACCUGUCGGAGGAUCAGCAGCCCAGACAACAGAUCGCUGUGUACUCCGAGAACCUAGAGCUGUGCAGUCAGAUCUGCUGUGAACUGGAAGAGUGCCAGAACCCUUGCCUGGAGCUGGAACCCUUUGAGUGUGGCUGUGAUGAGAUCCUGGUGUACCAGCAGGAGAACCCUUCAGUGACUUGUGAUCAGGUGGUUCUCCUCAUCAAGGAAGUCAUCAACAGGAGGUGUCCGGAGAUGGCCUCCAACAGCCGGACAUCCUCCACAGAAGCGGUGGCAGGCAGUGCGCCACUCUCCCAGGGGUCUUCGGGGAUUAUGGAGUUGUACGGUUCUGAUGUAGAGCCACAGCCCAGCUCCGUGAACUUCAUGGAAAACCCUCCUGAUCUCGGCGAUUCUAACCAGGCCCCGGUGGAUGUCAACGCGGACCUGGUGAGCCCAGACAGCGGGCUGGCCACCAUCAGAAGCAGCCGCUCGUCCAAGGAGAGCUCCGUGUUCCUCAGUGACGACAGCCCCGUGGGAGAAGGGGCAGGGCCUCACCACAGCCUGCUCCCCGGCUUUGACUCCUAUAGCCCCAUCCCCGAGGGAGCAGUAGCCGAGGAGCAUGCCCGCUCUGGAGAACACGGGGAAUCAUUCGACCUUUUCAACUUUGGCCCAGCACCCAGGGUUUCUGGGCAGUCCCAACCAUCCUCCCAUUCUGCCGACUACUCCCCAACAGAUGACUUCUUCCCCAACAGCGAUUCCUCAGAAGGACAGCUCACCAUGGGGUCUAAAGAACUUGACAGGAGGGGGAUAGACAUGCCUAAUUAUUCAUCCAGUUCUCUCUUGUCGGGGGCUGGCAAAGAGAGUCUCGUGGAAUUUGAUGAGGAGUUUGUCCAGAGACAAGAAAGUCCCGGGGAUAAUUCGGAAAGAAAUUUGAGCCUGACUGGUUUUAUGCAAGAUGAAUCUCCUUCUCCAGAAAGUCUAAAAACUGUUGGAAAGAGGAUCCCACCGACACCUAUGAAUAGCUUUGUGGAAAGCUCACCAUCCACUGAAGAACCAGCUCUGCUCUAUUCAGAAGACGUGACCCCCAAGACAGUCAACACAGGUCACCCAGGGCCACCUCUAACCCGGGUGCGAUGCAGCAGCUGGUGGGAUGGUUUGGAAAUUGACUCUAAAAAUAUCGCGGAUGCAUGGAGUUCCAGCAAGCAGGAAUCUGUCUUCCAGAGCCCCGAGUCCUGGAAAGAUCAUAAACCAAGCCCAGCUGAUAGGAGAGCCUCAGACUCUAUAUUUCAAUCCAAGAAUCUCAACUUCCCAAAGUCAAGUCCCUGGGAGUCAGAAUUUGGUCAGCCUGCGCUGGGCAACAAGAAAAUUCAAGACUCAAAUGAGAAGAACUUUCAGUUUCAGGACAUGCCCCCUGAGAAAUCACAUUUGGUGAGCGUUUCUCCUCGCGGAACAAACCACCUGAUAGAAGACUUCACUGCCCUGUGGCGUUCUGACCGCUCUCCCACAGCCAUGCCUGAGCCGUGGGGAAACCCCACAGAUGAUGAGGAACCAGCUGCUGCAGCGUCGUUCCCAGCCUGGAGUGCAUUUGGUGAAGAAGGUGACGCCAACGCUUUGAAAAAUACUUGGAAUCUACACCCAACGAGCAGCGAGACACCUUCUAUAAGAGACCCAAGCGAGUGGGCCAUGGCCAAAAGUGGGAUUUCUUUCCCUUCAGAAGACCUCGUGGACAGUUCACCCAGAGAGGCAAAUAACGAAGCAGUUCCAGAAAUCUGGGGCAAGAAGAACCAUGACCCCAGGGACGAUAUUCUCAUAUCUGGAAAUCCCACAUCUGAUCUGGAUCAUCCAUGGAAUAGUUCUAAGCCAGCAAAGGACCAUCAGAAGAGUGUGGUGGACCCAACAAUUAGAGGCACGAUGUACAAAAAUAUAGAUUCUUGGAACCUUUUCGAGGAGAGUAACAAGGAAGGAGGUUCAGAUGUCCCAGCACCUUGGGAGGAUUCCUUCUUAUCCUAUAAAUGUUCUGACUACAGUGCAUCCAACGUAGGGGAAGACUCAGUGCCCUCCCCCUUAGACACCAACUACUCCACCUCUGACUCUCACACUUCCCCAACAUUGGCCAGAGAGGAGAAAGAAAGCAAAGACAAGCCACUCACUGAAGAGGAGGGUUUUGAGUCACAAGAUGCUAACUGUUCUGCAGGGGGCGCCGACGUGCCUCCUCAGUCCCCGCAGCAGCCACCAAGAAGUCGAAUUAGUUCAGGUCCUGGGACCCUGGAAAUGUGGGCUUCAUCUCAGGCAGAUGGUGGCUCAGAAAUAAAUGCCACUCACAGCCCAGACAAAGAUCUACUCCAGGUGGAGCCCACGGAUGAUCAGAAUGUCUCCCUGGAGGAUGACAUGGGGGAAAGCAGCCAGUCCAGUUAUGACGACCCCAGCAUGAUGCAGCUGUACAAUGAGACAAACCGACAGCUCACCCUUCUGCACAGCAGUGCUGAUGCCCGGCAGGCAGCCCCGGACAGCCUCGACACAUGGAACAGGAUGAUUCUGGAGGACACGCAGUCUACUGCAACCAUCUCGGAUUUGGGCAAUGACUUGGACUGGGAUGACUGCAGUGCCGGUGUGGCCAUCACUGGUGAAGGUCAGGCACAGGGGUACAUGGUGGAAGGUAGCGAACCUGAAACCCGAUUUUCAGUGAGACGGGUAGAACCCUGGGGCGUGGAGUAUCAGGAAGCAAAUCAGGCAGACUGGGAACUCCCUGCCUCUUCUGAGCACAGCCUGGACAUGGCUCCUGAUGAAUACCACCUCCUGAAUGAGAAAAGUGGGCAGCUGAUCGCAAAUAGUAUUUGGGAUUCUGUCAUGAGAGAUAAUGCCAUGUCGUCAUUAAUGUUACCCAGCCCAUCGUAUGCUACAGAUACAGAACAGAGCAAAUCACCUGAAACAACCAGCUCAUUAGAAAAAAUUCAGGACAAAAAAAUUCAGGACAGUCACAUUGCAGACAUGCUGGAAGCUUCUGGAGCCAGUGAAUCUGAAACAAUCGAUCCUGACAAGCAGAACACAUGUGGAGGUACCCUGCCAAAUGAUACAGCAUAUUUGGUGACCAGACUUGAGAAUCCAGAGCAUUUUGCGUGCUCAGAACCCCAGAAGGGUCCUAGCUAUGGACAAAAGGACAGUGAAAAGGAAUUCCAUGGAGCUGCUGAUAAGGAGCACCCCAGUGAUGAGCUGAUGUAUGGAGCCUCGGAAGCUUCUGGAAAAGGGCAAGCUAGCCAGGAAUGCCCAUCCCCAGCUGCAUCUGAUCAUCAAGAAAUCUCCAGUGAACCAGAAUUUUCAGUGACUUCCAGUCCUCAGACCAAGGAACCCAAGGAAGUAUUAGAGCAGGAGAAGAGGUCUUACACUCCAGACCCCUGUGAUGUGCAAACAGAGGUGUCCACAGAUCACUUGCUGGUAAGAGAGACCUAUGAAGAGCACCUCAUGAGCCCCAGAAGAAAUUCAAGUGAAACUACUGAAAUUCCAGGUAGGCCAAAUUCCACAAAAAGUGUGUCUCUACCUAAAGUGGAUGUGGAGAAACCUGAAGAAUGUGACAUUCUGGAGCCAGAGAAAAUUAACCAAGAGACAGCUGAUGAAUGUCCCCAAGGCCUUGACUCUUGGGAUGGCCCUAAUGACAGUGAUGUGCUGGUGAGUGGCGCAAGUUCUGAGAUAACAAUGAAUCUCGAAGUUACGAAUACUGAAAACAGCCCUCUAAGAGCCAAUUUAUCAGGAAAUGAUGACAGAGAUAGUAUUUCUAGUGAGUAUACACUUUCAAGUGCAUCCAGUCCUGACAUAAAUGAUUCUUCAGCUGCACUGCCUUCCUGGGACCAAGGACCCAAUACUGGGCAUCAGAAGGAAAAUCAGAAUGAUUGGAGUACACAGAAUCACCAAGAAUCUGAACUAAUGACCACUGAUGGUCAUGUAGAAGUAGUUGCUGAAAUGCAGGGUUUGGAGAAAAACAGAAUGGACAGGUUUGAAAGGAGCUUAGAUCACAAGGUUCCUAAAUUUUUAGAGUUUUGGGGUGACUCAAUAGAUGGUGAUUCCUUUUCUUCUUUAUCCAGCCCAGAAACAGGUAGAUAUUCUGAAUAUUCAGAUGCGUAUCAGGAAAGAAAUCUAGUGAUCAGCCAUCAGGAGAAAAAUAAGCGUGGUCUUCCUGAAACUGUACAGCCAGAGGACACCAGCUUCAUUUCAACAAGCUCAGGUUCUGAUGAUGAUGGUGAAGGCUAUGAAGAGUCAGUGGAGAAAGAGAUCCAUUCGGACACUUGUCAAGUGACUCCAAGUGAACUCAGAGCUUGGGAUUCAUUGAAUAAAUCUAAUAAGUCCUUGGCCACAGUAGAUCCUGAAUCUGAGCAAUGUUCUGUCUAUAGAGGCAGUUCAGAGCGAGCAGAGAAUGAGAAUAAGUCAGACCCAUCCUGUGAUGACCAACAAAGCAGCCCUGAUCACUGGAAUUUCUCUCCAGUAAGGGAGACUGAAUUACAGGUGACACCAGUGGAUAAAGAGACAAGGUCUUCUCCAGAAACAGGGAGGACAGGAGAUGUCAUAUGGCAAAUAUCUCCCAAAGCUGAACCAAAUAAUGAAAAUUACUCUAAAUUGGAGAUGGCUGACUUCUCAGCUGAGAGCACAGAAUGGUGGAAAGCCUCCCGACAGGAAGGGCAACCAAUCGAGAGUGCGUUUGAAGGGGAGUUAUCUAACUCAAGUGCUGUGCUAGAAAUGAAUUCCUCAGUGUGCGAAAACAUGGGUCCCUGGGGAGUGCCCACUCAGGGUGAUACUGAAUCCCUGGCACUGCACGGUACCAAUCCUUUCAAUGAUAACCAUCAGCCACCCUUCCUAGAUCAUAAUGGGGAGAAUGCCCACGAGCAACUUUGGAACAUUCAACCAAGGCAGCCAGACCCAGAAGCUGAUCAGCUUAGCCAGCUUGUAAUAUUGGACCAAAUUAAAGACACAGAUUCCAGAGAACAAACCUUCAUGUCUUCUGCCGGUGACGAACUUUCCUCCGAAGUACCUGCCCAAGAACAGUGUCAGAAUUCAGUGCUGUCUGCCUGGGACCAGCCAGACUCGUCUUAUACUUACACAGAUGAAAAUGGAUGCAUUGUAUCUGGUGUAGCAGCAACUGAGUGUCAAGAAACAAAUUGGUGGGAAGGAGAAAAAUCACACCCAAGUGAAAUGACAAAUUCAAACAUCACCUCUGAAGAUUUCCCUGUUGUCAGUUCUAGCCGGUUGAUGAACAAGUCAGGCUCUGAAUGGAGUGACUCUACCCCUACUGAGGGCCCCCAGGGCACAUUUGUUCCAGAUAUUUUACAUGGCAACUUCCAAGAGGGUGGGCACCUGACCUCAGCUUCGCCUGACUUGUGGAUGGGUGUGAAACAGCCCUUCAGUGUGAAGACAGAUGGUGAGAAUCCUGAUAUACUGACUCACUGUGACCACGACAGCAAUUCCCAGGCUUCCAACAGCCCGGAUGUUUGUCAUGAUUAUGAUGUAAAGCCAGAGACUAAGCAGUACAUCAAUGCUGGGCUGGGACCUGAAAGGGAAGCCAGUGAGUUAUAUCUCACUGAGCCAGAGAUAGACGAAGAACCCAGACAGGAGCCUGGGCAGGAGUAUGUCCCUUCUACUUUGGAGGUGUCCUCUGAAAACGUCAUUCCACUGCCUCCAGCCAGCAAGCAGACAGACACAAAUGACUCAUCUCAGCCGCCUUCUUACGAGUGUUUUCCUGAACCUUCUGAAAUUAAUGGUGAAAACGAUACAGGCUUAAAAGCAUCAGAGCAAGGAGCCAACCCAUAUGUGGCACCGAUUUUGGAACCUGUUGACAGAACAAUCUCAAUGAUUGAAAACGUGGAAACUGGUACUUGUGUAACUUACCAAGAGCCAGCUGUGGACAGCAGCAGGUCUUCGAUAUCAGAAGACUUCCUUCCUCAGAGGCAGACAGAGGCAGGGGGCUUGUUGGACCAUGAGAAGCCCUUUGUUACUCAGAAUCCUGCCGUGGUUCCUGAUGCUUUGCUAGCCUCGGACACUUGUCUGGACGUCAGUGAAGCUGCCUUAGACCACAGUCUCAGCGAUGCCUCAGGUCUCAACACAUCCACGGGAACAAUAGAUGACAUGAGUAAGUUGACGUUAUCAGAAGGUAUUCCUGAAACACCAUUUGAUGGGGAGACAGGGAAGCAAGACAUCUGUUCAUCUGAAGCCUCAUGGGGUGACUUUGAGUAUGACGUCAUGGGCCAAAAUAUUGAUGAAGACUUAAUGAAAGAGCCUGAACACUUUGUCUAUGGUGGCGACCCUCCCUUGGAAGAAGAUGCCCUGAAGCACAAGUUGGCACCUUACACACCUCCCUUUGAUUUGUCCUAUCUCACGGAACCUACUCCUGGCAUCGACGCCGCGGAGGAGGCUGGGACUCCGGAGGGUGAGUCUCUGGGGAGCGAAGCCGCAGAGAUACUGCUUUCUGCCCUUCCUGAUGAAAGAAACCCGGAAAGCCAUGCUGAGACCACAGAUGGACAGCCCGGAGGCCAGCCAGUUGUGCUGCAUAUUCACGAGGACUCUGAGUCCGUUCCUUUGGCGGUAGGAAUCCAUGCCAACCCCGAGUUGUCUCCAUCACACAUUGACUGGGAGGUAGAAACAGAUCGUUCAGAUUCACCAGCAGGGGGAGACAUAGGACCACCAAGUGGUGCCAGUGAGGGAAUAUUAGAGUUGGAAGAAGAAAAAAUAAUUCCUACCGAAGAGCCUGAGCAGGUAAAAUCAGAACAUGGGGAGGAACAGUACACUGAGAAGAAAGAAGAUUGUCAUGCAUUGCACAUGGAUUACAUACUUGUAAACCAUGAAGAAAAUUCACUGCCAGAACCAGAGGCCUGUGAGGCUAGAGAAAUCACAUCGGAAUUAGAAGAGCUUCACGUAGAUUCUGAGGAAAAAGGGCUGCCAGAAACUCAGUUAGCCAGCUCCCCGGACACAUGUCAACCAGCUUCCUUAAAUGAAAGAAAUCAUCUAUCUACAGAGAGAAUGUCUUCCAAAGAUGGUAAGAGAUCAUCUUUUAAAAGCCCUGGGCAAGACCAGAGGUGGAUGGUCUUGGGCCGUAGUGAGGUUAGUGAUCCAUCAUCGGAGACCAUGGAUUCAGGACCUGGAUGGUCUGGUGAGGCUGUGGAGCCAGCCUCUGAUCACAGCUUGGGCCAGAGCCCCCAAAUACAGAUUCUGGAAGAAAUGAAGCCUGUAGAAUCUUUAGCACUAGGGGAAGCCUCUGAUCGGGGCAGCCAAUCACGGAGGAGCAAGAGCCGAGGCAGAGCUGGCCCUGAUGCAGUCAUGUUGCAGCCUGUCACCCAUGACAAUGAAUGGGAAAUGCUUUCACCACAAAACAUAAUCCCUGAAACGGAAAUGGAGGAGGAGACAGAGUUUCUUGAGCCCGGAACAAGGAAACCAAGACCAAAUGGACUGCUGUCAGAGGAUGUAGGAAUGGACAUCCGCUUUGAGGAGGGAAUGCUGAGUCCCACCGAUGCAGACAUGAGGCCAGAACCUCCUAAUUCUCUGGAUCUCGAUAGCACUCAUCCUCGGAGAAUCAAACUCACAGCCCCAAAUAUCAAUCUGUCUCUGGAUCAAAGUGAAGGGUCUGUUCUCUCUGAUGAUAACUUGGACAGUCCAGAUGAGAUUGAUAUCAAUGUGGAUGAACUUGAGACUCCCGAUGAAGCAGAUUCUUUUGAGUACACUGGCCAUGAGGAUUCCACAGGCAACAAAGAUUCUGGCCAAGAGUCGGAGUCUAUUCCAGAAUAUACGGCGGAGGAGGAGCGGGAGGACAACCGGCUGUGGAGGACCGUAGUGAUCGGAGAACAGGAGCAGCGGAUUGACAUGAAGGUCAUCGAGCCCUAUAGGAGAGUCAUUUCUCACGGAGGAGACUCAGGAUACUAUGGGGACGGCCUAAAUGCCAUCAUUGUGUUUGCUGCCUGUUUUCUGCCAGACAGCAGUCGGGCGGACUACCACUAUGUCAUGGAAAAUCUUUUCCUAUAUGUAAUAAGUACUUUAGAGUUGAUGGUAGCUGAAGACUAUAUGAUUGUGUACUUGAAUGGUGCAACCCCAAGACGGAAGAUGCCAGGGCUAGGCUGGAUGAAGAAAUGUUACCAGAUGAUUGACAGACGGUUGAGGAAGAAUUUAAAAUCAUUCAUCAUUGUUCAUCCAUCUUGGUUCAUCAGAACAAUCCUUGCCGUUACACGACCUUUUAUAAGUUCCAAAUUCAGCAGUAAAAUUAAAUAUGUCAGUAGUUUAUCAGAACUCAGUGGACUGAUCCCAAUGGAUUGCAUCCAUAUUCCAGAGAGCAUCAUCAAGUACGAUGAAGAGAGAUCUUAUAAGAGAAGUGUGAGACUGGAUGAAGAUCUGAGGGAAGCAUCUGAAGCAGCUAAAACUAGCUGCCUUUACAAUGAUCCAGAAAUGUCUUCUAUGGAGAAGGAUAUUAAUCUGAAGCUGAAAGAAAAGCCCUAGUUGGCCACAUCUGGACGAAGGGGCCGCUCUUCUGCCUCGUGGUUCUGUGGACGGGAACCCAUCUGGAAGAGACGGCUCUGACGGUCCUUCGUUUCCACUUUGCACUACCUGGUGCCCUUCUAAAUUUCUAAGGGGAAAAACAGUAAGAGCAUCUGUUCACUCUUAACAUGUUUUAUGGAAUUGUGUGUAUUUUCCUAUUUUGCCAAUUAUGUGCCUCAAAGAUUUUAGUUGGACCUUUGCAAGAAAGUAGGACCUUCCAUUUCAAUAUUUCAUCAAGCCUCGGUACAGCGGUAUUUCGUCUCUUUGUUGACUGCUGUUGACCACUGAGGUAACUUCGGUCCACUGUUCAUUGUGAGUGGAUUCCUCCUUGCUGAUCACUUCAAGUUUAAAAUACACAGGACUCAGCAGUCCCUAGGAAGUUGGCCCCACGUGAACUCCACCUUUCAAAUCCUAAGCUUGCUUAAGAUAGCCAUAUCGUAGACACAGGUGCGACACCACGUCAGUUAAGCGCCAACCUGGUUCUUGUCCACAUUUUUUCUGACAUCUCCAAAGGAAACCAGGUUUCCUAAUUUACACCAGUUUUAUUGUAGUUAUCAAAUUGGGCAUUGUGUUUUCUGGGAAUUUGGUCUUUAAAAAAAAAAAAAAAUCAUUUCUUCAGUGAAUGUUGAAGACCUCCAAACUGGGAAACUUAAGGAUCAAUGUUCACAUUUCUGGUAGCUGUCUUUCAUUCAAGCCAUGAGCUUAGUUCAAGAUGUCACACUUUAGUACUAAGGAUACUACGGAAGGCGGCCCCUCAGAAAUUCAUUCUUCGGUAACAUUGAGUUAUCUGAAUCUCUCUCACAUGUAUUAUAAGACAUAAUCUGCUUUAACACACUCACAGGCUUAAAAUUAAAUAUGAGUAUGUACUACCCUUUGCAAAAUAGUUCUUUAUAGUCUUCACAUGUUUUUUAAAAUACCAGCAUGGUUUAGAACCCGUGGGCCUCUAGAGGAGAGAGGUGUUGGUAAAUCUAGCACCCCCACCUGUUUCCACAUGGCCUUCAAGAACAGUUUUCAUGCUUUGGGUUGAAAAAAUUUUUUUUACUAUUUCACGACAUAAGAAAACUAUCAAAUUUCAGUCCCCAUAAAUAACGUCUUAUUGAAACAUGGCCAUACAAAUUUGUUGACAGACUCUCUGCAACUACUUUCAUCUUACAGCAGCGGAAUGGAGUAACUGCCACAGACCACAUGGCCCACGGAGCCUAAAACAUUGACUCUCUUUAUAGACAGCGUGUGCUGAGCCCUGCGCCAGCCCACGCGACCUUCCUUGGCCUCCCAUUUGUAGUCAGAUGCUGGUUUCUCUAACUGUGCACAAAUUAGGCUGCAAAUUAAUUUACUCUUAAAAAAAGAAACCUUUGGCAUCCACAAAUCAGUAAGACUCAUGGCCUGCUGACAAAGGCAAGGAGUCCCAGCCAUGAACACAUGGAUCAGGUUGUGUUUACACAACCCAAAGUGAAGCCUGCUUAGAAGGCUUUUGGAUGUUCAGAGGUGUUGCUGAGGUCCUGUCCUUACCCUGGAAACUAUUCACAGACUCCACUAUCACAUAUUAUUAACACACUCUUCAAAAUUAAACUGUAGUGGAGACCAGGGUUCCAUCACAGUCUGAGAGUGAUAACUAUCUCCAGGAGAGCUUUCGGGGACAUGUCGAGCCCUGGGUAUCAUGAGCUUUGAAGUAGACAUCUUUGCACAAGUUUCUGAAUUUCACUGCCUUCAUCUGCU